AUGGCGCCAAAGAAAGGUGCCGAAGGCUCGGCAUCGACGGAGCGUCGAGUUUCAGCUAGAAUCGCUUCUCAACCUCCAGCAUCCGCUGGAAAAGACAAGACCGCUGCAGCGAGUGCGAGCGCGGGCAAGAAACGCGCAUCCGAAAGUGGCGAGGCGCAGGAAAGCAAAGCCAAGAAGACUGCUGAGCUUUCGGCUUCCAAAAAGGCGAAACUUGAUGAAAAGUCGACCAGCGACGCCAAACCUGCUUCCAAAUCCCAGGCGACAAAGGCGCGAGCGCCACAGCCCCUCCCAGAAUCAGAGCCAGAGGAACAGCCAAAGCCAAAGCCGAGCUCCAAGUCUGAGAAGAAGACGAAUGGCACGGCUGAUGCUGCUGCUGCUGCUGUUGAAUCCAAGGCGAGCAGCGGCAAGACAAAGCUCGAAGUUGGCGACAAGCUGCCGGAAAUUACGCUCAAGGAUGAAGCUGGCAACGAUGUCAAGCUGUCCGCUCUCAAGAAGGCCGUCAUCUUCGCGUCAGUCUGCCGUGAAAGCGCGUACACGUCGAAAAGCGUGACUGAACAUUUUUUGCUCUUUUGCCAUUGUCACACCAUCCACAGGUACCCAAAGGUGCAUAUCGCCAGACGAUUACUGUGGAGCUUCUCGUGCGCGCUAACCCUUGUUCCCUCUUCGGAUCUCAGGCAAACACGGGAGGCUGCACCAAGCAAGCUUGUACUUAUCGCGACGACUACAGCAAAUUUCAGAAGCUCAAAGUGUCGGUCUAUGGUCUUAGCAACGACAACGCCACUCCCUUGAAGAACUGGAAAGAGGUGAGAGGCACUCCUGCACGUCCUCCCCGCGUGUCAGGAACGACGAGAGCUCGCCAUUACUGACCGCAAAACACGAUUGUCCUCCAGAAAAAUUCUUUCCCCUACGCUCUGCUUUCGGACCCAGAGCGCAAGCUCAUUGGAGCUUUGUCAGUGCAGUGAUCAAUGGCGGUAGAGAGCUCCAAGUAUCUCCUCAAACUAACAUGACGCCCCGUAAACUUUGUCUGAAGGACUGGCUCAAAGUCCUCGACCACUCGCAGGUAAGGAGUGACUUCAACACGCACUGAUGAGCGAAGUCUCUGUGCUGAACCAACACUUUUCCUGAAAAUGCAGCCAUUUUGUCGUCGAUGGCCAAGGCCGCCUCGCGCUUUCUAGCGUCGGUGUCAAGCCAGGAGAGGUGAGUUACUGCCUGGCAAAGCUCAAAUCAUUUCGCAGACUGAAUCGUCGUCAUCUAAUCGUUCGUGCGUGGUACAGAGCUCAGCUAGCGCUUACGAAGCUGCACAGAAGCUUUGA